AUGCCCGCUGGCCACGACACCUUGAUUGGCCCCCAGGGUACGAGGCUCAGUCAAGGGCAGAGGCAGAGAAUAGCCAUCGCUCAUGCAGUCUAUACACGGAAGCCCUUGGCAUUAUUUGAUAAUGUCCUCAGCGACCUUGUCCGAGUUACUGGGCGGAAAGCGUUCGACCGUGUCUUCAGUGCAAGGGGUAUUCUCCGGUUGAUUGGGUUACAUUACCUUCCUGAAGCGGAAUUCGUUAUUGCAUAUAGUGAAGAUGGCCUUGAAAUGGGCACGUUCCGCGAACUUCGGUUGGCUAAGGAAUACAUCUCCGAUUUAGAUAUCUAA